AUGUCGAGUUACCCUUAUGACCCCGUCCUCGCACACCGACCGAACUUCGCGCGUUCAUUGCCUAUUCAAAUUCUCCUCCUCGGGAUUACCCUCACCCUUACCGCCGUCCUCAUCAUUCACCUCAUUUUCACCGCGCAAUAUCAUUGGCCGCUCGCCCCUGUCAACUGUAUCCUCCAGAUGUCAGCCGUCACCACUUUACUGAUUUCUUGUAUUGCGACUUUGCAUGUCGUACUCUCAAGCACCGUCAGCCAGAGUAUGACAUGGCCAUAUAUGCUCGACUAUAUCGCGGUCGAGUUACCUCCCUUGACAGAGGAGAAUUCAGAUUGGGUCAUGGGUGAACUCGUUGCGUGGCUCUUGAUGAACGCAACGGUGUCCGGCUUGAUUCAGAUCACACACAUACAGUUUCUGACACUUCUCUUCCCAUCUGGUCUCGAACGACGCCUCAUAUACUGCCUCCUCGGUCCCCUCGCCAUCGUCUCCUCGAUCAUGCACGUCCUCCGGAUCUCCAACGACGCACAGCUCGUCAAAGGCGCCUCCGCCGUGCAAAACAUCUGCAAUGCGACCCUCACCCUCCUCUUCACCUCCGCGCUCGUUCUCUGGGGCUGCGUCAUCAACCGCCGCGAUGCAUGGCGCACGGAUGGAGGCACAGCGGCGUUUGGGGCCGGGGCGAUCACUCUCGCCCUCAUCUCGACCGCGCUCACAUUUUUCUACAUCCCGAGCCGCGAUCAGUACGCUUGGAUGCCGGGUCUCAUGUGGGCCGUCUUCCUCUGGCAAAGCUUCCUCGGGUGGUGGUGGUGGGUCGGGGCGGGGAUGGGCGUGGGUGCGAUUGAGGAGCUGCUUAGGCGCGAGGAAAAGCGCAGGGAAAAACGACGCGCGAAGAUGGCUAAGCGCAAGGUCCGGAAAGAGCGCGCGCAGACUCUUUGGAAGGGUGUCACGCAUGUCUUCUACACCGGACGCCAGGAGAGCCAGCAGCCGCAGCCGCAGUCCGAUGGCGGCAGUUCCUCCGACAGCACGUUCAGUUGUGAAGAAGGCGAUGGUCAAGGACGAAGACAGCGCACUUCUGGGGACGAGACGACGGUCGGGGGCGAUAGUGUCCGGCGGGUUACAUCGAGACAGACGGACGCGAGCUCACGCUCAGGGACGACGAGCAGCGGAUACGUCUCACGGUUCCUCAACCAACACCGCGCGGGUCGAUAUGUGUACGGGUGGUACCUCGGCCUCCGACACGCACACCUCGCUGCGGCGCGUGAGCAGGCGGUCGAGCGCGUAGAGCGGAUCAAUCAGGCGUAUGGCCCUGAUGCGCAGGAGGGCGGUCGUGCGGCGUUUGGGUGGGGGCUCGGGAGCUUCGGGAUUCGGAGACAUGAGCGGAGGCAGAACGAGCGCCCCAAUCCCCCGGGGGAAUACGAGAUGGACGAGUUCGAGUCGGACGAGGAUGAUCAGCGAAAACCGUGGCCUAGUGAAGCUACGCCGGCACCAUCGUCCGACAUGACACGAGGAGAGGGAGAGGGCGAGAUCCGCGCGAGGAGGUGGGUCGCGCGAACAGCGAUCUCGAACACGCGGACGGCGAUGACGCCCGACGAGGAUAGUCAUCGGCCGUCCUCGAUGUGGUGGUGGGGCCCGCUACAGCGAUGGAGGCUGCAGGAUGCGACAGAUUAUCGGUCGUAGAUUGCCUAUUGGACUUUUUUUUAUUCAUGUAUACUAGUUACCAUGUACUGUAUCAGAAGCUCUCGCUGUCCGGUCUUGUGACCUCAUUGAGUAGACAUGCAUGUCCGAAAGGAUCUUCCGUUUAUCUCACUCCUGUCGAACCGUGUCC